AUGCAGAAGCUGCAACGCGCCAUUGCAGAUGCGAGAGGCCAUUCUCCAGAUAGAUCAUUAGCGUCGCCGUCUCGAACUCCUUAUUUUGACGAGUCAAGAAGUAAUGAGCCAGAGGAGAAGCCAGCGUCGAUUGCAAAGCCCGGCGGAAGAGGGGAACUUGGGCCUAGUGGCAAAAGAAAGUAUCGAAGGCACCCAAAGCCGGAUGAGAAUGCUCCUGCGCGACCUCCUUCCGCAUAUGUGAUAUUUUCUAACAAAAUCCGAGACGACCUCAAGGACCAUGAAUUAUCCUUUACCGAAAUUGCGAAGCUCGUCGGCGAAAAAUGGCAGGAGCUAUCAGCAAAAGAAAAGGAACCAUAUGAGCGGCAAGCGAACGCUGCCAAGGAGCAGCAUCUUGCAGAGAUGGCAGAGUAUAAGAAAACGCAAGGCUACCAAGAUUACCUGCAGUAUCUUGCAGAGUUCAAAGCCAAGUAUGGCGGACAGCAAGGAGGUAAGAGAGUGCACAUGAGUUUGUUGUUCCUCGUCUUCCCCUCCCCACCCCCAACUCAAACUUGUGCUUCGAUGGCAUCUGGGCCUCUGUGCUCCUUUUGCAUGUGUAAUGGUUGGAGCUGA